UUUCCUUUUGCCAGACGGAAGCUUUAUGCUAGAAAGACAUAAACAUGCUGGAAAGAAUCUUGUACUAUAUAACCAACUUGUGUUGUCAACAUGGGGAUCCAAGGUCUAAUGAGCUAUGUGACCUCUGAAAAACAGUUUUUCAGUGACUUACAGCUAAGAAACACAAAAAUAAUUAUUGAUGGUAAUAACCUCUAUCAUAAACUGUACUUGGAAUCAGGACUGGAUCAGAAACAUGGUGGGGAUUAUGACGCCUUUGUUGAGAUUGUACAUAAAUUCUUUGAAAGUUUGAUGCUGUGUGGCAUUCAUCCCUAUGUGGCUUUAGAUGGUGGAUGUGAUGUUUCUUGCAAAAAACUUGAGACACAAAAGCAGCGAGUCGCAGAGCGGAUUAGGAUGGCGCACAACUUGUCCAAGGGAGGAGGAGGAAAUGUUCUGCCUCUACUUGUAAGAGAAGUUUUUAUACAAGUCCUGAGAAAUAUGCAAGUGCCUUUUGUUCAGUGCUUUUCUGAAGCAGACAGUGAAAUGGUGAAAUUGGCUAAUCUGUGGUAUUGCCCAGUAUUGACUUUUGACAGUGACUUCUGUAUUUUCGACUUGAAAGCUGGCUACUGUCCUCUGAAUUCCUUUCAGUGGAAAAAUAUUGCCACCUCAAAAGGAAAGCAGGAAUGUUACAUACCAGCUAAAUGUUUCUCAGCUCAGCUUCUCUGCAGAUAUUUUAACAAUAUGAAUAUGUCGUUGCUACCUCUUUUUGCCGUACUUAGUGGUAAUGACUAUAUCAAUCUACCAGCCUUAGAAACAUUUUUCAGUAAGGUUCAUUUGCCAAUAGGGACCACCUGUCCUGGUGGAAGAAAGCACCUGCGUAUCUAUGGUCUAUUAAACUGGCUGUCUGCUUUUGCUGAUGUAGAGGAGGCUAUGGGCAAUGUACUUAAACAUCUUCGAGUCAAAAUUCGUGAUAAAGUCAGAGAUCUACUGUAUUCAGCAAUGGAGGAAUACAACUUGUCUGACACAGUCAACCUUGAUCAUUUCUUUCAGAAAGGUACUUACAUCUCCCCAACAGCACUGCGAUUGAAUUUGCUGGAUUGGAUACAACACGCUUUGGCAAGAGGUCAACUCUCUCCAUUCGUCAGUGAUGCUUUGGUAUUGAGGAGGACAUUUCUUCAUGUUCAAGUUGAAGAUUCAAGGAAACCUUCUGCUCAUCUUGUAGCAAAGCCGAUCCGUCAAGUUAUCUAUGGCAUGCUGUUGAAUUUAUUUAGCAACUUUGAAAAUCCAACAGCUAAGCUCCCUGAUAGACCUGUUGUAAUUGAAUUUGAUAGACUGGAGACAACUCUCAGAAAAUCAAAUGUUGAGGCAUUCAUUUCAAUGUGCUUCUUUAAGGAUCUGUCUCUACAGAAGCUUCGAGAAAUCCCUGUGGAAACCCGUCUAAAGCUUCUUAUAGAGACCCUGGAAGUGGAGGAGAAUGUGUUGGAGUCGGUUCCUUCUGAGCAUCGUCUUUCAGUUGCUGUAACGCGUUACUGGUACAGUCAUGCAAAUCCUAAAGCCAAACCGCACCACUUGAGAGCACUGAUUCUGGGAAUUGUUUAUGGUAAAGUCUGCAACAAAAUGAUCAAGUCAGAUCUGCAAGAUGAUGAGAUUAGAUCAGUAUAUGAGCAGCUGCAGAACAUAAAACAGCAAUCUGUACUGCCUCAAAAGCCAGAUUUGGAAGAUCUGCACAUAUUCUGCCAAUGGCAGUGCUGUCUACAAAUGGGGCUAUAUCUUAACCAGCUCCUUGGUGCACCUCUCCCAGAGCCUGACCUGACCAGAAUUUACAACGGGACUCUUGUUCAUCAUCUGAGCAAGAAACUGAAGACUACAUCUUUAGCAGAAGAUAUACUGCAGGCGUCACCUUUGCUGAAAAAGCUGUAUCAGGACUGCACGCAGACAGUAUUGUCCGUCAGACCUCCAGAUCACUCUGAGAGCAGAUCAGGGUCCACUAAGUCUAGAAAGAAGAAGAAAGCAAGUAAAGGCGCAAAUAAUUCAACUGAACAGUCUGUAAUGGAAAACCAACCUAUGUGUGAUGUCCACAAUAGGUUUGCAGGACUGCUCCUUGACGACUAAAACAUAAGAAAAAUAUAGCAACCAUAGUUUUGAACAUGAACAUAAGAAUGGACUGUUUGGACUUCAGAUCAUUAUACCAAACCUGUGUUUUCCCAAGACAGUACUGAGUCAUCUACUCCUAUCCCAGGAAAACAUCUCUAAAGAGAUAUAGACCCUUGACUUCUGACUGUGAUUUGCCAAGUCUGCCUCUAAUUCUACUUAACGCAUUGGUCAUGAGGGCAUGUGAUUGGACGGAAGUCUAAUUUCUUUAUAUUCGUCGCUAUUCUCAUCGCUUGUUUCAACCUGAAAGUUCCAGAUCGCACCAAACUAUGUGAGACUGCAAUAAAAGGAGAAAUGCUGUUGUUAUGUGGAUAUGCUGGAUAUUAACUAAGCCCCUUAGAGGACUUAAAUAACUAUAUUUUAAAACAUUUUGUAGCCUUAUAUAGUCUCUGGUUAAGUAUUGCCAUUUUAUAAAUACAUAAAUUGCAAAAUGUGUAAUCAGCUUCUAUCUGCAGAUCUAUGCCAAGUACAUUGUAAAUAGUUUAACAGGGAUUUUAUUUAUUCAUUUAUUUUAUUCUUUUUAUAAAUGACUAGAAUCUCAACGUAUAAUAAUACUAAGUAGUAUACAGGUUUUCAAAUAAUGUGUAAUAUCACAAAAAUCUAUUUAAAUCUUGGAUGAUUAUUCAUAAAAUUCAUAGACAUGAGAUGAAGCACAAUGCUCUGCAACAUUUUAGGUAGUGGGCAAGUACUCAUGGCUCAGAAUAAAAAAAAUGUAUUUGUUGGAUAAGAUUUAAAAGACUGUUAUCCACCACAUACAUCCAAUAAGGGCAGAAGGAGACUGUAAAGUGGAGUGGAGUAUUUAUGCAAUGACUUGAGAACUUAAAACAUUUGCUAAAAUGAGAGGUAAAAUCCAAAGCAACAUAACUGUGAAUGUAACCUUCCCAAGAAUGCAGUGAUUUACCUUUUUCUAUCAUGUACAUUAUUAAAGGGACAGUUUACUCAAAA